AGGUGGAUAACGGACGCGGUAGGCAUUUCCGAUAAGCGCGAGCGCAGAUGCGCGCGUAAUGAACGUGUACAGCUACGAGUUGUCCGUUAUGGAAGACCUUUGGCUUUUGGCUUGUAAUGGACAGCAUCAUACGCUGUGUUGCAGACACCGCGGGUUCGAACUUCAGGCUUUGCUGCUCAGUCAACAAGAACUCAUUACGGCCAGAGUCUCACCAACUUGUCUUCGGAGUUUGUGCGUCGGCGGUUCUACUGCAUAAAUCUCAUCAACACUGGAGGCACGCCACUGACUGCACAAUCUCACGCGUUUCGCCAGUCUUGACAAGGAUACAGGCCCAGCGAAGACCCACAGUCCAUCGUUCUGUGUUAUCUGUAGCGAUCUCGAAGAAAAAGCGUGCAGGACAGGAUGGCGGUGGUUUGAUGUAUCCUCUGCGACGAUCUGGAUGCCGGGUGGCGACAGCCUGUGCUCGACGUGUGCACAGGGACUCUAGGUUUUCAAGUUCGGUGCAGUGUACAAUGGUAGUUGAUCUCGAGAAAUCCAUGCGAAGAACAACUCUAGCCAUGGCGAGGGAAGCGCCCUCUUCUACGGUGCACCACGUGACUCUCGAACAGCGCCUGUGGCUCGUCGUUGCACCCGCCUGGAAGCACAACGGCGUACACGCGUUUGUUCGUGUGUGUGGUCGCUCUGCACAUGUACAAUUGUUAGUGAAGUUGCGGAUACAGCCCCUCAUAGCUUCUCUAGUGGUGCGCAUCUCCGGGGAAUAGUCCACCAGCUGACGCAGAGCCACUUGGCUUCCUUUUCGUAGCUGUGGAUACUGCGGUGCAGGAAACAAGGUACCGCAGUCAUCGACCGUUUGAGGCGUAACGGCGAAGUUCGCGAAACUUACAGGUGAAAAUGAUGUCUACUCGAUUUGACAUCAUUUAAGUUAAGCAGCGCGAAUGCGAACGGGCCUAUGCG